AGUACUACUGUACACGUAGUACUACAGUGCAUAGGGUAUUACACAGUACUACAGUGCAUAUAGUACAGCAGCACUCACACUACUACAGCUACACAGAGUAAUGCAGUAUAUAGAGCACUACAGUACUAGGAGUACUACAUUACACAGAAAACAGCAGAACAUAUUAGAGUCUUACAGGACACAUAGUACUGCAGUACAAAAAGUAGAGCAGUUACACAGAGUACUACAGUACACAGAUAAUUAAAGGUACACAUAGGACUACAGCUACAAGAGUACUGCAGUACAUAAGGUAUAGCAGUUACACAGAGUAUUACAGUCACAGUGAGGGCAACCAUCUGUUUUGAUAUGACGCUCUUAUUGUGAAGGAUGGGAACCUGGUGUAGCACUGAGGUAACCUCUGCCUGUUGGAUCUUGGUGGAUCUUGGCUGCUGAGAAGAGGAUGAAACAGUUGAUCUUGAAUAUUUUCCACUCAUAAUUUCUCUUUACUGUUUGAGCCAUGAACGCCUCCAGGUUUAAACUGAAGUCGUUCCUCCACCAGCGGCUGUUCCUGGCGGGGGAGGAGAUCGUCGGAGAGAUGGAGAGGACCAUCACCUCAGCGCGACCCGUAGCCGGAGUGAGUCGAUCCACGGGGGGGGUGGAAGGUGUGGGACACCGGCGAGUGGCAGCAGUGGCUACAGCGCGUCCACUAACCAGCAGCACCACAGAGCCAGGAGUCCAAUGUGACCCCCCACUGAUGCAGCAAAACCCAGGACCCUCACAAACCAGUGCGGGCCUGGACUGUAAAGACUGGAACAUCAGCCCGGAAGACACAGACCUGAAGAUUUCUCAGAUAAAAGAGGAACCUGGGGAUGAGAGUCAAACACAGGAGAUUGUUUUUCCUUCUCCUGAAAUCAUGAAAAGUGAGCAAGAUCAGCCAGAGAUACAAGUGUCACAUGAAAUGCAGCCAGGUCCAUGGAACUGCUCUGCAGUGAAGACUGAGAACAAUGACCGUGAUGAGGAGCUGGUCGACAGCCAAGCUGUAUUGCCUAAUAAGAAACUCUCCACCAAAAAUCUAAAAGACCGCAAGGUUUGCCAUUGGUGUGGCAAGUCAUUUAAGCGUAUAUGCGGCUUGACGAAUCACAUAAAAAGACACAAAGCACUAACUUACUGUGACGUUUGUGGGACAGAAUUCAAAUCUACGAAACUGUUGGUACUUCAUCUGAAGCAUUUUCACAAAAAUACAUGUUUUUGUGAAGUUUGUGGCAACACGUUUAGCAAUGGCCGUUUUUUGGAGAUUCAUGAGAGAAUGCAUACAGACAUGAAAGAGUUUCCUUGUCAAGAGUGUGGCAAAACAUUUAACAGUAGCGAUCAUCUCGUUGACCACGUGCGCACCCAUACUUGGGAAACCCCGUAUCAGUGUGAUAUCUGUGGAAAGGCAUUCCUUCAGAGCCAGGACCUCACAGUCCAUAAAGAAAGCCAUUCUGACAAGAUGCCGCAUAGUUGCAGCCUGUGUGGCAAGCGUUUUAAUAAGAGAAGCCGUCUCAAAUCACACAUGAAACGCCAUUCAGGGGAAAACCCGUACCCGUGUGAUAUUUGCGAUAAACGUUUUUCCCAAGGUGGAAAGUUGAGGACACACAGGACCACGCACAAGAGGAGAUUUGCCUGUCAAGUUUGUGGCAAGCGAUACAAGUCUACAAAGAGAGUUGAGGUGCAUCUGAGAUCUCAUGACUUGUCAGAUGCUGAGUGAAGAAAGUUGAAUUCACUUGACCUUCUCACUUUGUAACAUUGUUAAGAGAAGUGCUAUGUAAAUAAUGUUUUAGUAUUGUUAAUAUAUGUCAUAGAUUGUGUGUGAGUUAGAGAAGAAAGGUUUACAUGUGUUACAUGAUUCAUCCAUUUAUAUAUAAAUCAUAUGUUCUGACUUUACGGUCAGUCAUUUCUGAAAGCAUACCAGGAGUUGUUAAUGGUUCAUAUAUAAUAUAUACACACACUUGCUGAUAAUCAAUAUUUGGGUCUGAAAUAAAAGGUUGGAUCUUUAAAGUGGUCUUGUUUUACUUUUGUUUUACUUAGAAUUUAUCAAUAAAUCCAUUAUGAAUUAUGAAUUGAAUGUAAAAAUCAGAUUAAUAGAAGUGAAAGGAAUCCGGAACGUUUUUUUUAU